GUUUCGUUUCUCCGUCUCGGUGGCAGUCCAAUGGCAAGGCCCUCCUCCUGCCUGGAUCUGCAACCUCCCAGCUGCUUGUGGCACAGCAGGCCGCCGGGCUAAGGCUCAGCCUGUACAGGCCAGUCCUGACCGAAUGAAGGACCAUGCAGGCGGCGUCCAAGUGUGUUACGGGGGCUGGUCAAUACCUGGUCAAUACCUGGGCCAGCCUGUCAGUCCUGCCGGUUCGUCCUGCCCGUCCUCAUGAUUUUUUGAGAGCAGAGAACAAAACAUUUGCUCGUCCAUUGAAUCAAUCACUUGCUCAUUCAUUCCUUGUGCAUCUCGGAUCCUGGAUCUAGGGCCUUGGUCCAUGUCUCGUCCCACCUGAUCCGCGGCUCGCUUGGUUACCUGUGCAAUUGAUGCCCACGCUUUCGCUCGCUGUAGCAGUAGCACCAUGGGUCUCAUUCUGACUCACCUGCUGGCCAUUGGCUCCCUGCUCAGCCCAUGGCUCGUCUCGUCCGCCCGGGCUGGCGACAGCAGUAACAGGCCGCUUGACUGGCAGACAUGGGGUCCCUACAGGCCGAAUCUCUACUUUGGUGUUCGCCCACAGAUCCCAGAGACUCUCCUCAUGGGGCUCAUCUGGGCCAGCGGCGAUGACCGUAACCGCCUCGUUGACACGUUGCGGGACACCUGUGAGCAGGAGGACGGGGUGAAAGGAUACGGCUGGACCACCUAUGACCCGCGCGUCGGCGGCUCUCAGCUCAUCCACGACCAGGAGCUGCAGGUCGAUCUCACCACCGACUUCGUCAAGUCUGAGGAUGGCCAGGGCUGGUCUGUCAGGGUCGCCGGCACCCCGCGCCCGGGCGCUCCUGACACUGUCAAGACGACACUCAUCUUCCACGUCGCCCUUGAGGCCAUGGCUGGCUCGACACCCGACACUAAGGGUCUCUACUGCGAACACCUGAACAAGGGCACCGGCCACUCGCUGGCGUUCGGAGCCUCGUGUCACGGCCAGGACCCAAGGCUUGGCCCCUUCGACCUGGUCAUCAGCACGGACAGCAGGGAGAAUAUCAUCCACCGCACUGCUGUGAACAGCGUCAACGUUUCGGAGGACCGGAUAUGGCAGGCCAAAUCUGUCUUCACCGAUGUGCUCAAGAAUGACGAUUCCCAGGACUACAGGAAGGUUGUGCCCAGCAGCAAGACUGGCAAGGCGAACAUGCACUUUGUGCAUUACAACUUCAUUGGUGCCUUCUCUGCGACCUUCAACUACCGCAACUCUCCGAACGUCACGAGACUGGACGAGCUGCGAACGUCUUUUCCCUCGCAGGUGGACAAGGUGUUUCCAAGGUCUUCUGUCUUCCACGAGGACAAGUACGCAGUCUUUGCUCAAGGCCUGCUGUCGAACCUGCUGGGUGGCCUGGGCUUCUUCCACGGGGACAGCAAGGUUGCCUCGAAAGAACCAGAGUUCGAGGAGAAGGACCCCGACUUCUGGAUGAAAGAAAAAGCGGCAAUGGGCAGGGCCACGGUCACCAUGACAGAACCAACAUCGCUCCUCUCAUUCACGCCGUCGAGAUCUGUCUUCCCGCGAGGGUUCCUCUGGGACGAGGGGUUCCACCUGCUGCCCGUCAUCGAGUGGGACCUCGACCUGGCCGUGUCGGUCAUCCGCAGCUGGUUCAAGCAGAUGGAUGGCGAGGGGUGGAUCGCCCGUGAACAGGUCAUUGGGCCCGAGGCUCGGAACAAGGUGCCGCCUCAGUUCCAGACGCAGUAUCCGCACCAUGCCAAUCCGCCCACGAUGCUGGCGCUGGUCCUGCCCGCCCUCCUCAAGAAGGUGACGAAACCGGCCAGCUACUUUGGCCACCCCUCGAAAUAUGUCGCCAGCGAGGAGGCGGGAAGAGCCCUGAUCAAAGAACUGUACCCCCUCUUUGACCGGCACUUCUCGUGGUUCCGCCGCACGCAAGCCGGCGACCUCAACGCCUGGCCUCGGCCCGAUAACCACGUGCUGGUUGAGAGUUACCGCUGGCGCGGCAGGACGCCCAAGCACACCCUGGCGAGUGGUCUGGAUGACUAUCCCAGGGCGAACCCGCCCCACCCAGGCGAGCUACACGUCGAUGCGCUCGCCUGGGUCGGUGCCUCGUCGCGCGCGCUGAUGCAGGCGGCGCAGGUGCUCGGCGACAGGAACGCCGCCGAUGUGCACCGGGAGCAGACGGAGGCGGUCCAGCACAACAUGGACGUGCUGCACUGGAACGAGAACGAGAACGCCUAUUGCGACGCAACGGUCGUGGGCCAUGACGACGGCGCGCAGUUCCAGCAUGUCUGCCACAAGGGCUACGUCUCGAUAUUCCCACUGCUCAUGGGCCUCAUGAAGGCAGACCACCCCCACCUCCCUGCCGUGCUGGACCUGCUGUCGGAUCCUCACAAGAUGUACUCACGACAGGGGCUGCGCAGCCUGAGCGCCGAGGAGCACGGGUACAGGAAAGACGAGGACUACUGGCGCGGGGCGGUCUGGAUGAACAUCAAUGUGCUGGCGGUGCAGCGCCUGCGGGCCGUGGGCCUCGAAGGACACCAAAGACCGCCGACAGCUGUGCAGGAGCGGGCCCUGACCGUCGCGGCCGAGCUCAGGGACCGGGUUGUCAAGUCGGUCUACAGGAACUACCAGCAGACAGGGUUCGUCUGGGAGCAGUACGACGACAAGACGGGCAAGGGGCGCCACAGCAGGGCGUUCACCGGCUGGACGGCGUGCGUGAUCAUGCUGAUGGGCCUCGAGUUCACGAGAGGGCAGGCAAUGGAAGAGGUCAUCGAACACGCCUUCGAAGACCUGAGCAGGGAGAUGGGCGUGUCGACGAGCACGCCACUCAUCUUCCUGGCUGUCGUCCUGUUCGCCGUGGUGUUCAGGCGAAAGGUGAUGGGCUUGAUAGCCUCAGUCGUCGAGUACUGGCAAGAGCGGAAUGGACCAAGGAGGCACAGGGGCCGGUACGAGAGCGCCGAGAUGAACGACAGGAAGCCGUGAGGCGCUGUGGGGUUUUGUGUACUAUCAUUUUGGAAUUCGAGUCGAUAUAUUAUCAUAGACAGGGCCAUGUAAGUUUGUUCGACGGCCUCUUUCGGUCCAAGACCUGAACAUGUAAAGCUUGCGCCUCGGCCGUGUACCGAGGCACCUCCCUAUUUUGUGUACCUAGCCAUCGUAUAGGAGUUACCUGCAGUACUCGGUACACUACGGUUAGCAC